GGUUCAUACGAACAUCUCCCGUCACGUCUUUAACGCAGCACCAAUUUUUCUUUUUGGAAUACUCUAUCAUUGUCUGGGUCGGCUCUUUCGCUCACGUUCGUCUCCCCCACUCACGGGAAAGUCGCAAAUAGAUACAACGUGUCUCGCAUGACACAUGGCGCAACAUGGGAUUGAUGAUUUUGAUUUCUCUUUUCUGGGCAACGAGGAUAUUUGUCUAUCUUGGUGGCUCUCAUACUGUCAUGCUGUCAAGAUACCCUCCCUCAUUGACCUUAAUCGUCGGCUUCUUCCUUUUUCUUGCUGCGGGAUUUUAGCAUGGCGCUGGCGGUGGGCAAAACUCGAACGUUUGAUCCCCACUGAUUGUCUGUCUGUUUAUCUUCGGUCUUGGUUUCUAUUGCGUGGUCAUUCGGCCUCUCUCUCUUCGUGUCCACUUUCGAUCGGCGUAUGUUCUAUUCUCACACACACAUAUAUCCAAUGUACCAAUCUUUCGCCCUUUUCGAUCGUGAAAUAUGACCUUGGAAUGAACCGAUGCAUUUCCUCCGCGUUGACCUGCUUCUCGGAUGCGUGUCGGAGCACAAAGGCUCUCAAGAUAUUUUUUCUCUCGUUUUCAAGAUUGCACCUGCUCUCCAUGCUCAAUUAACAAAGAGUCUCGAUGACUCUUCUUGCGUCCUAUCCUCGACUCGUGUUGACUCUUCAGUAGACGAAGCGAAUCUCACCCAUGUCUGUGAGUGAUCUCUGACCCGGAGAAUCCACAAUGCAUCAUCGCGACCGAGAUCGAAACAGACAAGAGACAGAGCGGCCUUUCGACCCCACUACACUCUGCAUCCGGCAUCGAUAGCAACACGUCCAGUCCACGUGAGUCCGCUGCUUAAUUCGGAAUGCAUCUCAUGGAGGAUUACCUCACGACGAAGAGGGACGG